ACUGAGAAAAUUGAUAAUGUCAAAACUUAAAAGCUUAAUAGUUAAUAUUUAUUAUUUAUUGCACUCUUCUCUUUGGAAUUAUAUUCAGUGUCUGUUUGCAAAUGAAUACCACCGAUAUCUCGUAAAUAAUUAAUUUUGAAGAUUACAAACCGCUGUACUGAAAAUAAAUUCAGUGAAGAUCAUUGUUUAAAGGGCAUAUAUAAAGACCUAAAAACGCCUCAUCAAAACCAAAGUCAAAUCAUGAGGAAUAAAAAAGACCUUUACGUUGCAAAGUGUUUAAAAGAUUUAAACAUGAUGACAGAAAUACCAGAGAAAAUAAAGGGUUUGAAUGUAUUAUCACUAAAAAGUAAAGCUGAAAUGUUGUUUGAAAAAGCUAUGACGGCAAAUAAUGAUAAUGAUGAAGAAGUUGUAUAUAUUUAUUUAAUGAGAUAUUGUCAAAUUCUACAAUUUAUGAAAAAAACUUUUAUUGAUGAUACAAUUUAUAUCAAUUGUAUGUAUAAACAAAAUUUAAAAAAAGCUUUAAAUAUGCUGACCUAUAUUAAAGACAGUUUGGAAAAAAGGUAUAAUGAUAAAACAAUCGAAGAAGAUAAUAGCAAAUUACCUAAACAUUCUAACCCAAAAGGAAAACAAUCUGAAGAAAAAUUAAAUUUUGAAUUUGAAAGUACGAUAACUAAUGAAAACUUAUUAUAUCUGUUAGAAAAUACAGAUAGAAAAAAGAUUUGUUUACUUGAUACAAGACCAUCAGAUAUCUUUUAUAAAAAUAAAAUCAAUUCUUGUGAUGUAAUUAACAUACCAAAAGAGAACUUAGUUCUAGGUUUAACACCUGCCAUGUUAACAUCCAAAUUAGAAGAACCAUUUAAAGACAAAUGGACAAAUAGACACAAUUAUAAUUAUAUCGUAAUACUAGAUCAAGGAACAGAAGAUAUAGAUGAUGAUCAAAGAUUACUUAAUCUCAGAAGUGCCUUACUUAAAUGGGAUCCAUCUUGUGAUAAUAGCAAAAAAUUAAAGUUUCUCAAAGGUGGAUAUGAAGAUUUUAAUCACUUAUGUCCUUGGGAAACUUCUCAAAAUAAUAUGACAAAAUUAAAUAAUGAUGUUGGACCUCUUUCGGAUGUAGAAUUGGAUCCAGAACCUGAAUAUGAAGAAUCUGAAAAUAAGCAAAUUCAGUAUCCAUCUUUAGGUACUGUACAGAAUGAUUUGGCCAAAUUAAAACUUAAAUCAACUCUUUAUAAUGGUUUAACAACAGAUAUUAAAUCAAAGUUGGAUCAUAAGGAUAAUUAUUCCAGUGAGGAAGAAAUAGAUUCUCAAGAAUUAACUCAUAUCCCAAUUAACAGACCCCAAUUACCCAUUUUUGAUAGAUCUACAAAGCCACCUGUUAAAAUUAAUCAAUUUAAGAACCCAGAGAUCAUUAAACCAUUAUAUAAAAAUAAUGAUGAAUUGGAUGAUGAAAAUAAUGAAUUACCAAACAAUAUUGAACAACUAGAAAAUAGAAGAUUAUCACUAGAGAAUAGCUUUUUGGAAAAUGUUGAUUCUUAUGUACACGAAUACAAAAAUCAAGACUUAGAUUUAAAUUCAAUUCCACGUGUAGACCGUUCCACUAAGCCAUCAGACGAUUUACUAAUAGUUUCUAGAACAAAAAUCAUUGGAGGCGACGGGUUACGGGGAUUGCAAAAUUUAGGAAAUACAUGUUAUAUGAAUUCAAUACUGCAAUGUUUAAGUAGCACUGAAGAUCUUGUAAAAUAUUUUAUGAACAUUUAUAGUCAAUUUGUGAACCAUAAAAGUAGAACAAAAGGUUUAGUAGCCAAAGAAUUUAGUAAUGUCAUUAAAAACUUAUGGUCACAAUCUGGCAGGAGUUUUCAGUGUCAACAAUUUAAGGAUAGUAUUGGAGAAUAUAAAGAUAUGUUUAAACACUAUGAUCAACAAGACUCUCACGAGUUUUUAACUAUUCUCUUGGAUUGGCUUCACGACGAUUUAAAUCAACCAGAGGACAAUAGGAUUAUUUUAGGUGCUUCAAAAGAAACAGGUGAAGAAGAUUGGGGACAUUGGACGAAAGCAAACAAUUCUAUUAUUCAACAACUUUUUUAUGGUCAGCAAAAGUCAACAGUAUCUUGUGACACAUGUUUUGAAAAGUCUGUUACUUUCGAACCAUUUUCAAGUCUUAGUCUACCAUUGCCAUCUGAGAGUAACAAAUGCACUCUUUCAGAUUGCCUACAGUUAUACUUGAAUGGUGAAUCAAUAUGUGGUUGGCAUUGUCCUAGAUGUAAACGCAGCAGAGAUGCUACAAAAAAAUUAGACAUAAUGAGGCUACCUCCAUAUUUAAUUAUACAUUUGAAAAGAUUUUCAAGCAAUGGGUACAAAAAGAAUUCAAAUGUUGAAUUCUCUAAAACAGAUCUAGAUAUGUCAAAUUUUAUUAAUGGAUUAGAACACCGUAAUUGGAAGUACUGUUUAUAUGGUGUAUCAAAUCAUUCUGGAUCACUUGAUGGUGGGCAUUAUACAGCUAGUUGUCUUAAAAAGUCAAUAAACAAAUGGUAUAAAUUUGAUGACAUACGGGUGUAUGAAAUUGAUUCUUCAACUAUUUGUUCUUCAGAAGCUUAUAUUUUAUUUUAUUGUAGGAAAAAUUAAUUUUUGAAUUAAUAAAACUAACAUGUAUCAUGUAUGUAUAGUUUUGUUUGUGUUUUGUACACAAAUAAGUAUUUUAAUACGACUUAUAUUUAUUUUUGUUA